UUUAAUUCUUAAACACAAAAAAUCAUGAUAAAUGCACCAUGGAACGGAGAGACGUUACAAGAAGACGGCAAUUACUGCAACUAGAUCACCCAAUUUCUUCCAUUCGAGCAAAGAAUAAAGCUGCUGAUGAAGCAAGAAAACAAGAAGAAACAAAAAACGUAUUACAAGGACUACUUGGAGAUUAUAGUGAGAGUGAUGAAGAUAUUGAGGAGCAAGUUUCAAAUUCACAGCUUGAGGAACCAAACGGAGAACAUUCUCAGCCCGUUUCUGUUCUAGAAAAGAACAGUCCGAAACCAACUCCUCCUUUACCUACAAUACCAUCAAUUCAUUCCCAUCCUGUUCCGGAAAAUUCUUCGACAAUUAUCGAUCAAUCCGAAGAUAGCAUUGAAGAAGCGUUGAAAAGUUUCAUGUCUGAAAUCAACGCCCUGCCCGUAAUCUCAAUUCAUAACGAUUCUUUGGUUCCAAGUGAUGAAUUGAUUAAGAAUGGAAAAGAAUUAAUAUCAACGCAAAUUUCCAAUCUGGAUAGUGAUUGGGAAAAAUACUGGCAUGAUGAAAAUAAAUGCCACUAUUUUUAUAAUAAAAUAACAGGAGAAACGCGAUGGGAAAAUUUUGAUUCGGACUUUUCUUUGGCAUUAAGUACUUCCAAAGAAACGAAUAAUUCGAAAGAAACUAGUUCCACAGAUGUCAAUCGUGAAAUGGAUUCUCAAUCUAUAAGUGUCAAGGAUGAUUUUACUCAAAAUAUAUCACUUAGGGCUCCCCCAUCGGAUUCGCUAUUACAUGGACGUUCACGUGAUGCUUAUGGAAGACUUUCAAAUCUUGCACCUAUGGUAACUCAUUUGAAGCUUGAAAAGCAUCAAAUUGAAUUUGCUACUAGAAUGCAUGAUUGGCAAGUUGGGGCUUUGAACACUCAAUAUUUUGAAAAAGUUAUUCUUGAAAGAUUAGAAAGAUUAUUACUUGGAGUUGAAGAACAAGUUUCACCUACCGGAUGGGUUUGUAAAUGGAAAACUGAAACGCAGACUUACAAUUGGAUAAAUUUACAAACGAAUCAAGUUUCAUCGACUUAUCCGAAUCAAAGUCAUGAACACUACCAAACCUCAGUUUACUCUACAUCAACAUCUACACAAAAUCUACCGCCAUUGCCUCCUUUACCACCUCCACCUCCACGAUCUGAUUCUACAGGUGAUAAAGAUGUUAACAUCAAAUCGGUGUAUUCUGAAGAAGAUGGGGCUAAUAAAUCAUUAGGAUUAUAUAAUGUUAAUCAUCUGGGAGUACAACCCACAAGCGAGAAGAAACGAAAAAAGGAAAAAGAAACUCUGACAUCUGGAUUCAAAAAUAAGAAAAUGGCGACGCUUGUUGAAAGGUGGAAGGCAGCCGAGGAUUUUCUUUCUAAUACUGAUUGGGAUGAAAUUAAAAAAAGUCAACAUGGAAUUAAUUCUUCAGAUCCUGAAUCUUGGAUUAAAGAACAAAUAGAAUCUGGAGAAGCAGCAAAUAAUCCCAAUUUAGAACCAAUUAAGGGGGAUUGGCGUCAAAGAAUUAGAAACAAAAAAUCUGACGAAUAACUACUUUGUUUCUUAAAAAGUUUCUUCUUUUUUUUUUAAUAAAUAGAAUAUUGAAAUAUGAUUUUUUAUUUCAUGUAUUGAUCAUUUUAUCUAAGCAAUAUGUUUAUAAACGUGAUUUAAGUUAAAA